AUGUCAUUUAGUCAAACAGUACCUGUUACGCAGCAGCAACAGCAGCAGCAACAACAACAACAACAGUUAUUACAACAACAGCAGGCAGCAGCAGCAGCAGCAGCGGCAGCAGAUGCAUCAAAUAAGUCACGUAAACCAUAUACAAUCACAAAGCAAAGAGAGAAUUGGACCGAUGACGAACACAACAAGUUCCUUGAAGCUCUCACACUAUUCGAUAGAGAUUGGAAAAAGAUAGAAGGAUUCGUUGGAACAAAGACUGUUAUUCAGAUACGAAGUCAUGCCCAGAAGUACUUUAUAAAGGUACAGAAGAAUAAUACUGGCGAGCGAAUCCCACCACCCCGCCCAAAGAGGAAGUCGGUGCAGCCCUAUCCACAAAAGGCCAAGAACGAUCAGAGUCUCAAUGGAAUGAUGCCCGACUCACUCUCGGGCAACCCCUUCAUCAACUCGGCAUCCUUUGUGCACUGGAUGAGCUAUCGUGGCCUGAUGCCCUCGAUAGACCCCUCGACGGGCGCCGCCACCAUGGGCAGCGCCAACAUGAACUCGGUGGACGUGCACCGCCAACAGCUGGAGCAGUUGCACCAGGCACAGCAAUAUAUACAGACGGCCAUGUCGGCGGCCCAGACAUCGAACCGUGGCGGAGCCAACGUCAGCGUGUCGCCCAACUAUCCCAAGAUUUACAACUUCCUGUCGACUCUGUUCGAAUCCAACAACCCAUCCUACACCGACUCGCUCAACGAGAUGUCCCAGAUCGAUCGCGAGACAAUGACGCUGUUGAUACACAACCUGGCCAUUAACUUGGCCAACCAGCAAUACCGUGACCAGCACCAAGUGUUGUUGGACCAGUGCAACUCGAGCAGUCGCUCGGCCAACGCCGGUGAGGAGGAGAUCUCAUCGCCCUCCAUCUCAUCGCCGCGCAGUGGUGGCAUGGGUGGUUCAUCAUCCGACUUUUGUGACUCUUCCCUUGAUGGUCUUGGAUUCGCCAUGCAACAACAACAGCAACAGCAGCAGCACAACCAACAACAACAUGGAGGUAUCUUCAACCCAGUGCAUUCAACAUCCAACAACAACAACAACAACACCCAUUCAAACAACAACAACAACACUCAUUCAAACACCAUUCAUUCCAACAACUCACUUAAUCACUCUUCGCCGUUGAAUAUGGGCUCACUACCAAUGACACUGAACUCCUCCAACAGUCUGCUCAACCACUCCAAAUCCUUUAUCAACGGUCAACCAAGCUUUUGA